AUGGAGCCUGAGCAGCUUUUUACAGCGCGCAGCAGCGUACCGGAGUUGCAACAUAGGAAAGUAUCUAAGGUUCGUGGUGCUGACAUAAACUAUGGUAUCGACGACAAUCCACCAUGGUACUUUUGCAUCAUGAUGGCAUUACAGCACUACCUUACGAUGAUCGGUGCGAUCGUUUCGAUACCCUUCAUUCUAACGCCAGCGCUCUGCAUGAGCGAUGAGGAUCCUGCCCGAGGUACCAUCAUAUCCACCAUGAUCUUCGUCACCGGGUUGAUCACAUAUCUGCAAGCGACCUGGGGCUGCCGGUUACCCAUCGUACAGGGUGGUACCAUCUCCUUUCUCGUGCCCACACUCGCCAUCCUCAAUUUGCCACAGUGGAAGUGUCCACCGGUGGAGGUGAUGGACGCGAUGACGGAAUCGGACCGCACGGAGCUUUGGCAGGUGCGAAUGCGUGAACUAUCCGGUGCGAUUGCCGUGGCAGCACUGUCACAGGUAGUGCUCGGUUUCAGCGGGCUGGUGGGAAAGGUGUUGCGUAUCGUGACGCCGUUGACGAUCGUACCGACGGUGGCACUCGUGGGCAUAACGCUCUUCCGGCACGCUAGCGAAACAGCUUCCAAACAGUGGGGCAUAGCCGUCGGUACCACCGCCAUGUUGACGCUGUUCUCCCAGGUUAUGUCCGACGUGCAGUUCCCCGGCGUAGCAUACCGGAAGGGCCACGGAUUACGAUUGAUCUGGUUCCCGCUGUUCAAACUGUUUCCCGUACUGCUUACGAUCGCCAUCAUGUGGACGGUGUGCGGCGUGCUGACGGUCACCGGAGUCUUCCCCGAAGGUCAUCCCGCCCGCACGGAUGUCCGAUUGCGGGUACUGGAAGAUGCGGAAUGGUUCCGUGUACCGUACCCGGGCCAGUUUGGACUACCGACCGUAUCGCUGGCCGGUGUGUUGGGAAUGUUGGCCGGCGUGAUUGCCUGCACGGUAGAAUCGAUCAGUUACUAUCCGACAAUUUCACAGAUGUGUGCGGCUCCACCACCGCCCUUGCACGCCAUCAACCGGGGUAUUGGGAUCGAAGGGCUCGGCACGGUGUUGGCCGGACUGUGGGGUUCCGGCAAUGGGACGAACACGUUCGGGGAGAAUGUUGGAGCAAUCGGUGUCACGAAGGUGGGCAGCCGACGGGUAAUACAGUGGGCCGCCCUUAUCAUGGUAUUGCAGGGUGUGCUAAACAAGUUCGGUGCCGCCUUCAUCAUGAUACCGGACCCGAUAGUCGGCGGCAUCUUCUGCGUCAUGUUUGGCAUGAUCACAGCGUUCGGGUUGGCGGCAUUACAGUACGUAGAUCUGCGUUCGGCACGCAACCUGUACAUACUCGGCGUCUCGUUCUUCUUUCCGCUCGUCCUUUGCCUGUGGCUGCAGGAACAUCCGGGUGCGAUACGGACCGGAAAUGAAACGGUCGAUUCCACGCUGUCGGUGUUGCUCGGUACCACUAUACUCGUCGGCGGUGUGCUCGGCUGCACGCUGGAUAAUCUUAUUCCCGGCACGCCGGAGGAACGUGGACUUGUGGCUUGGUCGAAAGAAAUGGCCCUGGAAAUGAUACCGAGUGGGGACCGCAUGGAUGCGGGCGGCGUAGAGUUCGAGCAGAACACGUUCGAUUUCCCUUACGGCAUGCGGCUGAUGAGGCGCUGGAAAUGGACGCGUCACGUACCGUUUCUACCCACCUACAGAAUGAAGCUUUGA